AUGGCCGACAUCAUGACUGCUCCGCCGCCACCCCUGUCUCCAAUCGAAGACAGCUCUCCCUCCUGCUCCACCCCUCUUCCACCAAUGUCCACGCCCGGACAUGCUGCCUCUCGCCGGCCUCCCCGAAAAAGCACACUUACUCAGCAACAGAAGAACCAGAAGCGCCAGAGAGCCACCCAAGAUCAGCUUAUGACUCUCGAGGUCGAGUUCAACAAGAACCCAACGCCCACCGCGUUGGUCAGAGAGAGGAUCGCCCAGGACAUCAACAUGACUGAGCGCUCCGUCCAGAUCUGGUUCCAAAACAGACGUGCCAAAAUCAAGAACAUCGCCAAGCGAAGCAUCGAGAGCGGCGAGGACUGCGAUAGUAUACCCGAUUCGAUGCGACAUUACUUGGCCAUGCAGCAAUAUGGCACGGGGAAGGGCUUGCCGUCGAACAUGCUGAACAGGGCAGGCCCCGGCUACUCCCCAUAUGGCAACGGCAUGCUAGCGAUGAACGCGGAGACGCCCACAGGCAAAGUCGUCAUCCAGCACUUUGCCUGCCGCUCUCUCUCCAUCGGCACAUGGCGUCGUGUUGCUCAAACUACCAUGGACUUGGUGAUCUUCUACUCGCCGGACAAGGCGUGCAUCACCUACUACAUCAACAAUGAUUCGGCGGGGUACAAGAUUGAGUAUCCGUUUGUGUGGAUCAAGAACAUUUCCCUGGAACAAGGCGAUGUCCUCUCCGCGGCCGAAGGCGCAUCGCAGCGCGCCGGUGGGCUUGUCAUCGAGCUGACCCGAGCACCCAAAUUCUACAUGGAUAGCUCUGGCAGCGGCGGCUUCUACGAAUGCGGCGAUUUCACGGAAGACCAGCAGGCGAGCCAGAUCAUGGUGCAUCACCUCGGCGGCCCGUCCAAGGUUCUGAGCGGCCAACUUGCCAAGCUCGUGUCGUUGGAGGCAUAUCAGAAUCGUCACAAUUUCUACGACCCAAGUGCACUCGCCGUCUCUGCACCGGUGUCUCCCAUUGUGCACCGCCCCCAGAGUCAGCCCAACCACCUCUUCCAUCCUCACAGCAACAUCAGCCUCCUUCCCCCCGAAGGCGCACCGGGUAUGAUGGGACCACCUGGCCCGCGAGGCCACAAACGCCAACGAAGUCGCUCUGUCCCCGUCGCAAUCGAUUUCUCCAUGUUGCGACAUCCCAUGCCGUCGUUCCUCAUUCAACCCGAAGGACAAAUGCCGCAGCCUCCCUUGCAAGACCCCAGCAUCUUUGCACCCGUGCCUCAACAUCAGCAUCACCCAGGAUUCGCAUCGAGCAUGCCAGGGGCCUCGCUAAGCAUCGAUACCUCUCCAAACUUCUCGGGAUUCCAGUUCGGUGGGCCCGUCUCUGCCACAACUGCGAACUCGCCCAGCGAAUAUGGCACGCCGGCUUUCCUGGCCGCCGGUCAUCACGGAGAUAACAUGACCCACUCGCAAUUCAACACACCCUUCAACAGCGGCUAUCUCGCCGUGGACCCCGCCGCCAUGAUCGGAACGAGCAAUACCCCGUUGUCUAUGUACAGUCACGGCGACCCGGUGAUUGCAGACGACUCGCCACCUCUCAAUGGCGUCGGCCGCAGUCAAAGUGCAGAUUUCUUCGGCACGCCCGGCGAGCAUUCUCAGUUCGGCGACGAGGGCCUUUACCUCUCCGAAUCCUUCCACAAGCAGAUGUCCCUCCCCUUCCGCAACCCGAUGUCCGAAGACUCCUUCCACUCGCCCAUGCCCGACAGCGCGUACAAUUACAACUCUCCGCGAACGACAGGCGCCGAAGCGAAUGGCCAGCACACGCCGAUGAACUUUCAGAGUCCCUCACACCAGUCGCUCCACCAAGACAGCGGUGUAGCCUUCUCCACUCCAUCUCACGUUUCCCACGACCAAUCAUCGAUGUAUCCCAGCCCGAAGGACGGCAGCGUGGUGUAUCACGAUUCGAAGAUGUACACUAGCCCGGCGCAGAUGCACCAAAUGCCGCACGACCAGAACGUCUACCAACAGAGCCCGCUCCGGAACGAAACCGGCAACGACGGGCUGGACAUGCCAAACCUGGGCAUGUAUGUCAACCCGAAUAGCCUGGGCAAUCAGAAAUAG